UGGAGUUAUGUUAUUGGUAGCACUGCAAGACCUGCUGCAGGACCAAAAGCUGAUGAAUGGGACACAGCAAAUACUAACGUGAUGGGAAUUCUUCUAAAAGCAAUGACUCCAGAGACAUCACUACCUACAGGAGUGAGCAAGAUAAGAUGCGUGUUCAUGUCUUUCUUGCUGGUCUCGAUCCUCAUUUCGAAGGGGCAAAGAAUGAGUUAUUGCGUCUUGCAACUCCUCCAACGUUGGAGCAAGCCUUUGCUUAUAUUCGAAAAGAUGAAGCCAACAAAGUUGCUGCCAAGGGUCUUCAUACUGACAUUUCAGUUUUAGCAGUCCAGGCUAGAUCACCUCAAUCUUUGUCUCCUCAGUAUGGGAGUUCAUCUCAUGUCCCAUCUCUAAAUCACUAUCGACCUCGGAGCCAGGUGUACCAACAGAAUCAGAAUUAUAGCCGAGGGCUGGUUCCGGUUAAUAACCAAAUGACUUGCAACUAUUGUAAGGAAGUUGGUCAUUUCAAGAAUGAAUGCCCUAAGCUGCGAAGGUUUAAUUCGAACAAUUCCGGUUGGAGAGGAGGAAGUAAUACUGGAGGAAGUAGAGGUCAGAGAGGCAAAGCAGCAAUCCAAAUGGUGCCAGAACCUGAUUUCUAUGGUGUCGAAGGGCGAGACCUCUCUAAGGGUAAUGUUUCCUUGACUAAGGAAACUCGAGAAUCUAUGCAAUCGGGUGAUCAUGGGCAAGGGAGACCUGAGGGGGAGACUGUUUCAUUUGGAUUGCAUGUACGCAGGACAAACACAAGAACCAGAACAACCUUUAGCCCUGACAUCGAGUUCUGAUCGACUGAGUGAGUUAUGGUUGUGGCACAGGCGUUUGGGUCACCCAUCUUUUGGAGUUAUGAAGAAGUCCAUGCCUUCGUUAUUUUUGGGAAUAAGUGAUUCUAGCUUGCAUUGUGAAACUUGUGCUUUGGCUAAGAGUCAUAGGUCUAGUUAUCCUUCGAGCUUUCAUUCUAGUACUAUGCCUUUUGAGUUAAUUCAUUCAGACUUGUGGGGUCCUUCUAAACAUUCUACCCUUUCUGGAAUGCGAUAUUUUGUGUUAUUCAUCGAUGACUUUA